AUGGUGCUGAAAGUAAGUCCACGGUUUCGAGGCUCCUCCGCGCCUGUUGGGAACUUUGCCCCAGCCAUGUUUGCAGCGUUCCGGUGCAGCAUCGUGUUAGUCUCUUUUUUCUUCUGGAGAGGAUGCGCCCAGAAUUUCGGGCAGACUCGGUUUAUCUGUACUUCGGUGCCCGUGGAUAUGGACAUGUGCACUUCUUCUAUGCAGAGCGGCGGCAGCGCUGAAGACUUGAAGACCACUGUGCUACAGCUGCGGGAAACAGUCCUUCAGCAAAAGGAGACCAUCAUGAAUCAAAAGGAGACCAUCAGGGAACUGACCACGAAGCUGGGCAGAUGCGAGAGCCAGAGCUUUCUAGAGACUGUCCCCAGUGAAGCCAAAACGGGUGGGGGCUCCAACAGAAAGCAGACCACCUCUUCCAAAAACACCAUGGGAGAUCUCUCUCGGACUCCAGCUGCUGAGACCUUGAGCCAACUUGGGCAAACUUUGCAGUCACUUAAAAUCAGGCUAGAAAACUUGGAGCAAUUCAGUAGGAUGAAUUCUUCAAGCCAGACCAAUUCCUUGAAGGAUAUACUACAGAAUAACAUUGAUGAUUUGGAGAAGCAAGUGCUGUCUCGAAUUAACAGCCUGGAGGAAGGAAAGUACAAUCCCAAGAACGAGUCUGAAGAAAGAGGGAAAAUAGAAAGCACUUUAACUUCCCUUCACCAAAGGAUCAGUGACCUAGAGAAAGGUCAGAAAGAUAACAGGCCAACAGACAAGUUUCAGCUGACUUUUCCCUUGAGAACCAACUACAUGUAUGCCAAGGUGAAGAAAAGCCUUCCCGAGAUGUAUGCCUUUACUAUCUGUAUGUGGAUAAAAUCCAAUGCUUCACCAGGUGUAGGUACACCAUUUUCUUAUGCAGUACCUGGACAAGCCAAUGAGCUGGUGCUCAUUGAAUGGGGCAAUAAUCCCAUGGAAAUCCUCAUCAAUGACAAGGUAGCAAAGCUUCCUUUUGUCAUUAAUGAUGGGAAAUGGCACCAUAUCUGCAUCACGUGGACAACUCGGGAUGGUGUCUGGGAGGCUUAUCAGGAUGGUACACAACGAGGCAAUGGGGAAAACCUGGCCCCUUAUCAUCCAAUCAAGCCACAAGGGGUACUUGUUCUGGGACAGGAACAGGACACCCUUGGUGGUGGAUUUGAUGCCACCCAGGCAUUUGUGGGAGAACUGGCACAUUUCAACAUCUGGGACCGAAAGCUCACCCCUGGGGAGAUCUACAACCUUGCCACCUGCAGCACCAAAGCCCUGUCUGGUAGUGUCAUAGCUUGGUCCGAGACCAACAUUGAUAUUUAUGGUGGAGCCACAAAAUGGACAUUUGAAGCCUGUCGUCAGAUCAACUAA